GGGUGACGUCACAAGAGGUGUUACACAGGUCAAAGUUCUCAGCUGAACUAACUUCAUACUGUGAGAGGACGAGCAGAUAUGGACGGAAAACACAUCGUGUGGAUGUUGAUGCUUCCCAUACUGGUUCUCCUGGGUGGAACAGAGACUACAGAGUCUUUGAUAGAUUUGAAAAAUAUUGAAGGGAAGCUUGUUUUCUAUCAAAUGGAGGGAAAUGCCACCUACGUGAGAGACAGAGGUGAACUGGCGUCAGAUGUUCCCACAGAGACUAUGUUUGAACUCUUUGAUCCCCAAAAGAAUUUCAGCUCAGCAAAGUUCACCUAUACUUGGGACUUAGGGAACGGACAAGUGAUUAACGGCACUGAGCCGGUUGUCCGCUAUUAUUACCCAGAAUCAGGAAACUACACAAUGUGGUUGAAAGUGGGAGCAAAUGUGACCAAAUAUUCACCUCCGGUGACCAAAGUCUACUCCACAGAGGUUCAAGUGCUUGAUGCCAUCAAGAACAUCGAGCUGAAGGGGCCAUCAGAAUAUGAGGUGUCACAGGACGCCAGUCUGAUUUUUCAUGUUGAUGGAAGUCCUCCCUUAUGGGUUUGCUGGCGUUUUCUCCCCAACUGCAUGCCGGACGUGACAGAGGGCUGCACGCUGACCAUGUUGUAUGACAACAUGUUGAAACUGAACCUCACCUUCGCCUCUGCUGGCUACCACUGUCUGGACAUCAGUGUCCGGAACGAAAUCAGUAAGCUGCAGACCUCCUUCAGCCUCUACGUCAGGAGAAACAAUGGUGCUCAAAUUUUCUUCAUCCUGUCAUGUGCUGCCAUUCUUGUGGCAACGUUCUCCUUCAUCGCAGUCAUCGCCUGUCACCCUCAUCUUCACAGCAAACUUAAGAUUGCUGCUUCCAGUAAUGCCGUAUUUCUGAAGAACCAAGAAUCUGAUGGUCAAAGCUUAAUUCUUUUAAAGCUCUCCAACAUUGAGAAAGCAGAGAAAGAGCCACUCCUGUUGCAAUAUGGGACUCAAGGCCGCUCUUAACCAGCACACUGCUUCUCUUUCUGCCCUCUUAUUGUGGCUGCAUACACAUGUGUUUGGCAAAGAAAAAUCUAAAACUACUAAUAACUGUG